CCACUUUUCCGAGUUAAGUUACUCUACCGUCGUCCGUCAGCGACCACUCGAAUCACAGCCCGGGGGCUGGUGUUAUCAAUUUGUGAAUUAGUGAUCCCUUUAGAAAUGAUUAAGGCCAUUUCAAGAGGUGGCCAAUUUGGUGCUUUUUCCAAAGCCACCGCUCAAGCUAUUCCUCCUCCUUCAGCAUCCGUGCUUGUACCUGCUACUUUACCUCCUUCAUCCAAACCCCUUGUGGAAAUUGAUCGUUCUUUGCUCACAUCUGACUCAUUGGGCAAAGCUGUAUCUUCAAUCAACAACUUCGGAGUUAUCUCCGGUCCUGGAGUGACUACUCAAGUGAGAUUUGCUCACACAGAUGUCAAAGUUCCAGACUUUACAGCUUAUAGGCGAGACUCCACCAAGAGCCCGACCUCUGACAAUGACAAGUCUCUUGGUUCCCGAGCUGCAUUCUCUUAUCUUUUCACUGCAGGUAGUUUGGCUGGUGCAAUUUAUGGAGGAAAGGGUAUUGUUCACGCAUUUGUGACAUCUAUGAGUGCUUCUGCUGAUGUAUUAGCUGUUUCAACCAUUGAAGUAAAGUUGAGUGCAAUUCCAGAAGGGCAAUGUGUUACUUUCAAGUGGAGAGGAAAACCGCUGUUCAUUCGCCACAGAACCCAAGAAGAAAUUUCUCGGGAGCGAGCAGUUCCACUCAGUGACUUACGUGAUCCUCAGGAGGAUGAAGUUAGAGUCCAGAAACCUGAGUGGCUUGUAGUUCUCGGUGUAUGCACCCAUUUGGGUUGUGUACCUAUUGCCAAUGCUGGUGAUUUUGGAGGUUACUACUGUCCAUGCCAUGGUUCUCAUUAUGACGCAUCCGGCAGAAUCCGCAAAGGCCCAGCUCCAUUGAACUUAGAGGUUCCAAAGUACGCUUUCACUGACCCAGACACGGUUCUUGUUGGGUAAAAGAUUCACUCCCCAGCUUUCUUCUAUUUAAGCAAAGCUCAUGUAAAUAGGUUCUUUAAUGCCCUUGUUAUAGUCGUGAUCAGUAAGUUCAAAAGUUAAUAAUAAACUAUGUUGUUCAGAAACUA